UGUGUGUGUGUGUGUGUGUGUGUAGGCAUACAUGGUUUACAAGACCAAUUUUCAGGUUUACUCACCAGCAUUACGAGACCAAUCGGGUUACGGAACCGAUUUUGAUGGUCUCGUAAACAUAAAUCUUUUUGAUGCUAUAACUAUUGAAUAUUAAUUAUAUAAGGCAUUAUGAAUACAUGUGUGAUUACAUAGAUUCUAGUGCUAACAGUUAAUAUAGUUGUUUUACAGUAAUGGCCAACCCCCUGCCUUUCUGAGGUUCAUACAUAUUGGUCUCACAAGGCAGGAUGGGUUUGUGAGACCAAGACGUGUGUGUCCAACAGCGCCCCCAGAGGCUGCAAGAGACAUUGCAAGUUAUACACGUUUCCGCGAAAAUACACACAAUGACGCGCCAAUUUUACACACAACGCGGGAAAUUCAGCGGGCUUGCAGUGUGGACAUGCCGGGAAGACAGGGAUGAACUUCGAAAAUGAGGCGAGGCAGACUAGACCCCAUUUGUGAUGCACAAAAUCACGUAAGACUGCAGAAGGAGAAAGCGUUGUGUGUCUGGAGAUACAUCAACCCCAUCAAAGGAAGAGGUGUGUUUGCAUUGGAGCCCAUUCAUAAAGGUUCAUUCGUUUUGGAGUACAGAGGAGUUUUGAAGACGACUGAUAAGACUACAGCGUGGAAUGAGUAUACAUACGUCUUCAAACACAAAGGAACGGAACAUUGCAUUGAUGCUUCAAGUGAAGAUGGGACACUUGGCAGACUCGUGAAUGAUGCUGAAAAACCAAAUGCAAAAAUGAAAAAAAUAGAGGUGGAUGGUGUACCCAGUCUGUGUUUGUUUGCCAUUGUUGACAUUGAGGAAGGGCAAGAAAUAACCUAUGACUACGGAGGAGAAAACCUGCCAUGGCGUUCUUCCCAAAGGCAUCAAAUAUCCAAGCCUAUGGCUCCAAGUACAGUAGAGAAACCUGUUCUCCACACACCAGUCGUCUCUCCAUCUACAGGCGACAUACCAUUCCUUUCCUCCACUGUGCUCCCUGAAGAGCAGCAAGCCAAGAGGCCAGGGGGUUGCAAUGAUGAUUUUGAAGAACAGAGAGGAAGGAAGAGAAGAAAGCAAGAUAAUUCAGGAGGAAUGAGGAAGAGAGAGACGGAUUGCAAGAAACAUCGUGUUGUGAAAGAGAACUUGGGCUCAUUUGAAAAAUGCUCACUUUGCCGUGGGCCAUUUUCUUCAUUGAAGUGGUGGGGGCUAAGAUGUGAAGUUUGCACCACUGUCUGGCAUACAUACUGCUUUCACUCCAAAGACAAAAGACAAAAGACUUUGCCUAUGGCUCCAUGUACAGUAGAGAAACCUGUUCUCCACACACCAGCCGUCUCUCCAUCUACAGACCACUCAACUGUCUCUCCAUCUACAGACCACACACCAGUUGUCUCUCCAUCUGCAGACCACUCACCAGUCGUCUCUCUAUCUGCAGGCAACACACCAUUUCUCUCCUCUACAGUGCUCCCUGAAGAGAAUAAAAGUGACUUCAGUGAAGAGGAGCUAUCGGAUGAUGUAUCUGAUCCAGAAUACGUUCCAGGCUCAGAAAGUGACACAGAGGAUGAGGAACCAAUAAACAGCUUGGCAAACCCAACAUUACAGAUGUCACAGAUGAUGAUGAUGAGAGUGAGGAGGAACAAACAUUCACAACAAACAUUCACAACAAAGCAGAGGUAGAUUGUCCUCGUGAACUGAACGACAUGGACACUCCUGAUGCAGAUGGACUCCCUCCUGUACAUAAUGUACGCAAAGACAAGACACGAAGACCAUGGACCAAAGCAGAAGAAAAAGCUGUGCUGAGACAUUUCAAGUCUCACAUAAUUAAAGGUCAUUUAGCAUCAAAGAAGGAGUGUGUGGUUUGCAAAGAAUGUGAACAGCCAGCACUGAAAAAUAGAACAUGCCAAAACAUUAGAGACUUUGUGAGAAACAAGGGGCUGACUUUUAAGCGCCAAAACCGCCACCCACACUAAAAAACAAUAUGUGUGCAGCCAGCGUUGUGACG